AUGGCCGAUUUGUAUGAUUGUCGUAACCUCUCUCUCUCUCUCUCCUCUCUCUCCCUCCCCCUCUCUCUCCCCUGUCUCUCUACCUCUUUCUUUCUCUUCCCCCUCUCUGUACCCCCUCUCACACUCUCUCCCCUUCUCACUCUCUCUCUACUCCUCCUUCUCUCCCUCUCCCCUCCUCUCUCUCCCCGUCUCUUAGGCAUGAAACUUAUUCUCCUCCUUAAGCUGUCUCGUCAUUUGCAGGCCAUUGCCGCUGAUACCGGGGAAAAGAAACGGUAUAAUUUCUUGAGUGGUUUUUUUGGUCCACAGCUGUUGCCGGCCACUGUCAAAGUGACGGAGUGCUUGCUCAGCUUUCACAGAUGUGUCUUCUCCUCUGAACGCCGUUCUCCUUCUUCGCUUCUAGCCAAUCUCUUAAAUCUAUGCUGUGGUGAUGUUUUAACAGCGAAACUUUCUUGUCAUAUCGUUGUAAACCAAUUAAUCCUUUCUAUCAUGAGAGUCGCCAUUAAGAACUGGGCCUCAUUUAUAAUGACGCGAUAUUCAACAAAGACCAAUGGCUUCCUUCAGUCACUUUCUGCGCCCCCCACCCCCCUUCUCCCGCCUCGUUUUAUUACUUUUAUUUCCUUUUUUUAUAUAGUUCUUUCUUUCUUUAUUCUUCCUUCUUUUCUUUCACCCUUUUUUCCUUUCAUUCUUUCUUUCUCUUUUUUUCAUUCUUUCUUUCUUUAUUAUUCCUUUAUUCAUGAUCUAUUUCUUGUUAUUCCCCUUAAUUCUUUCUUUCUUUCUUUUUCUUUUUUCUUUCUUUCUUUCUCUCUUUUCAUUGUUUUAGCCAUUUCUUUCUCCUCAGUAAUUUCUUCUACUUCUUUCUUGCUUUCUUCUUUCUUUCUUUCUUUCUUUUUAUAUUCUUUUUAUCUUUCUUUCCCUUCUUACUUUCUUUUCUUUCUUAUUUUUCAUUUUUGCUUUCUUUUUUUAUUUGUUCUUUCCCUUUUAGAUUUUUCAUUUUUUUUCGUAUCUUUAGUCAUUCUUUUUUAUUGUUUCUUUUUUCCUCCAAUCUUAUUUUGUUUUUCUUUUAUUUAUCUUACCUCACUUUACUUAUUUAUCUUACCUCAUUUUACUUCUUAUUUAUCUUAA